CAUCACUCUGAUCCAUCCACUGCAACUGAUCAGGCAAAGAGGAAUUCAUUAUACAAAGCUAAGCUAAGUUUCAGCUUCUCAUCAGUCUCCCAGUUUCAGGUCGGUCGUGCACCAUGGUGGCCACUUUCACGGCACGCCGGAGCUCGCCGGAGCUGGUGACGCCGGCUAGGCCGACGCCACGUGAGACCAAGCUGCUGUCCGACCUCGACGACCAGUGGACGCUGCGCUACUACGAGACCGUCGUGGGGUUCUUCCGCGUCUCCCCCAAGAUGGCCGGCGGCCUGCCCGGCGGCGACAACAUCGCCGCCAAGGUGAUCAAGGCGGCCGUCGCCGAGGCCCUCGUGCACUACUACCCUGUGGCCGGCCGCCUGCGGGCUCUCGUCCCCGGCGGGAACAAGCUGGCCGUGGACUGCACGGCGGAAGGGGUGGCGUUCGUCGAGGCCACCGCCGACGUGCGGCUGGAGGAGCUCGGCGAGCCGCUGCUGCCGCCGUAUCCGUGUGUCGAGGAGUUCCUCGGUGAUGCCGGCGACACUAGGGAUAUCCUAGACAAGCCUCUGCUCUUCCUGCAGGUGACUCAACUGAAAUGCGGUGGAUUUGUCAUCGGCCUCCACAUGUGCCACUGCAUUUUUGACGCCUUCGGCCUGCUCCAGUUCAUCAAAACCAUAGCUGGUUUCGCCGGCGGUGAACCAAUCCCAUCCACCAUGCCCGUGUGGGGCAGAGAGUCGUUCUUCGCAGCACGGACACCACCAUCCUUCACCCAUGUCUACCCGGCAUACAAGCCGAUCCUCGACGGCCGGAGCAGCGCAGGCGACGGCGACGGCGACGUCGACGAUGUGAUGCUGACAACUCCACCUGAAACCAUGGUGAUGAAGUACUUCAGCUUCGGGCCAAAAGAGAUCUCGGCUCUCCGGAGCCUGAUCCCUGCACACCUCACCAGAUCCACCACGGCAUUCGAGCUGCUCACCGCGGUCAUGUGGCGAUGCCGCACGUCGGCGCUGGGGUACGAGCCCGAUCGACGCGUGCGCCUCAUGUUCACCCUGAAUCUACGAGGGAGAUGGUGGAGCCGCGAAGAAGAAGCCGCCGUGCCGCCGGGCUACUACGGGAACGCGCAUCUCUCCCCCAUGGUGACGGCCACCGUCGGCGAGCUGGCCCGGCAGCCUCUCGCGGACACCGUCGAGCUCAUGUGCAGGGCCAAGGCCGGCACGACGAGGGAGCGCGUGGAGUCGAUGGUUGAUCUCCUGGCGACAUGGCGGGAGCGGCCGGCGUUCGCCAUGGACAGGACGUAUGAGGUUUCUGACACGAAAUGGGUCGGUGGAGGAGGCGGUGCGUUGCGCUGUGGGGUGGCGGAGAUGGUCGGCGGCGGCACGCCUUUCGCCGGAGACCUCACCUCGAAGCUGAUAAGCUAUCACAUGAAAUGCAAGAACGAAAAUGGGGAGGACUCGAUUGUGGUGUCGAUGUUGUUGCCAGAGCCAGCGAUGGAGAGGUUCACGAAGGAGAUGUCGUUUUGGCUGAAGAGCUAUUAACGGAUAGAUAUGUCUCAGUAUGAUCCUUGGGAUGUUAUAUGAUGGAACAACCUUAGCUUUCAAUAAGGGGAUGAAGAGUUGUUUGUAUACAUAUUUUGUUCUUGUAUACUUUCGUUACUAGAAGGUUGGGAGCCAUCCUAGAAAUAAUCACAUAUAUACUACACAUAGCAUGCAUGGCUAUGUGUAGAACUCGUAUAUAUAUUUCUAAUAAAUAAAAAUGGUAUUGUUAUGGUUC